GGGAUAGCGAAAAUAAAUGAAACUAACAAAUAAAUAACAAUAAGAGAGCAAAUCUCAACCAUUUUGACGGAUUGGAUAUAUCGGCUUUGCUUUCUCUCGUCGGAGUUUCCACAACUCGGUCUCACCUUCUCUCUCAUUUACGCCAUUAAAGGUUCGGGGUUUUGGGAGAUACUCUGCAAGUUUCUGCACUAUGUUCUUCGACGGGUAUGGAUAUCAUGGGACUUCAUUUGAGCAGACAUAUCGGUGCUAUCCUGCAUCUUUUAUUGAAAAGCCACAACUUGAAACUGGUGACAAAAUCAUAAUGCCACCAUCAGCCCUUGAUCGCCUUGCAUCUUUACAUAUCGAUUAUCCAAUGUUGUUUGAGCUUCGGAAUGAUGUUACUGAACGACUUUCCCACUGUGGUGUUCUCGAGUUCAUUGCUGAAGAGGGAAUGAUCUAUAUGCCUUAUUGGAUGAUGGAGAAUAUGCUUUUACAGGAGGGAGAUGUUGUGAGAGUGAAGAAUGUUACACUGCCGAAGGGAACUUAUGUUAAAUUACAACCUCACACAAAGGACUUCUUGGAUAUAUCCAAUCCAAAAGCCAUCUUGGAGACGACUUUGAGAAAUUUUUCAUGCCUGACAACCGGAGACAGUAUCAUGGUGGCAUACAACAACAAGAAAUAUUACAUUGAUAUAAUUGAAACUAAGCCUUCAAAUGCAAUAAGUAUAAUUGAGACUGAUUGUGAAGUGGACUUCGCACCCCCUUUGGAUUACAAGGAACCUGAAAAGCCCGUUCCAUCUCUCCCAACAGGCAAGGCUCCAGUCCAAGAUGAGGAACCACCUGCAGAAGCUGAACCCAAAUUCAAUCCCUUCACUGGAGCUGGGAGGCGUUUGGAUGGGAAACCAUCUAUGCAACAGGCACCACUAUCUUGGACUUCAAUAUCCAAAGACAAGCAAGUGGAUACAAGAACUGUCACUGGUCAGCCUUCAUCUGGAUCUACCUCUCGGAAUGCUUCCAGGCAGUCCGAAGGAAAGCUCGUUUUUGGAGGAAAUGCAAGCCGAACCCCCAAGGAAACUAAAAAGGAAGGUGAAAAGGAUGGUAAGCAAGAGCAGACUAAAGAGAAAGAAGAGGCCAAGUUUCAACCUUUUGGUGGGAAGAAGUAUUCAUUAAGAGGUUAAUUAAUUAAAUUAGAUGACCAAUACUUUAUCUUGUUUAUCUAUAUGCUUUUGUGAUAGCAACAGUUUUAAAAAUGAAAAAUUUAGCACAAAAAUUUCUUUUACAUAUAAAAAAUUGUACAUUGGGAAAAUCAUGAGUCACUGCUGAUUUUAUUUGCUCUUCCCAUUGUUGGCUGUCUGUACCAACAGACAUUUGAACUAAGAGUUCUUGAGAGAAAGCAUUUAUGUGGUUGUGGCUGUAAUGAGCAGGAUGUGUAAAUGAAACUUCCUUAUUUCGAUUCUUAUUAGUUAA